UUUUUGUCUCUUUCAGAAUCUUUCUGUUUGUCCUGAAGACGAAUCGAUCAUCAUGUCUUCUUUUGUUAACACUAUGACUUCCCUAAGUGUAAAACAAGUUGAAGAUGGGGAAGUAUUUGAUUUCAGAGGAAUGCGAUUAGAUUGGUUUAGAUUACAGGCUUACACUAGUGUCUCUAAGGCUUCACUUAGCCUUGCAGAUCACAGGGAACUUGGAAAGAUGAUGAAUACUAUUAUUUUUCAUACAAAAAUGGUAGAUUCCUUGGUGGAAAUGUUGGUGGAAACAUCAGAUCUCUCCAUAUUUUGUUUUUAUAGCCGUGCUUUUGAGAAGAUGUUUCAACAGUGUCUGGAGCUACCCUCUCAGUCAAGAUACUCCAUUGCAUUUCCGCUACUUUGCACUCAUUUUAUGAGUUGUACACAUGAACUGUGUCCAGAAGAGCGACAUCAUAUUGGAGAUCGCAGUCUUUCCUUGUGUAAUAUGUUUCUGGAUGAAAUGGCCAAGCAAGCUCGGAAUCUUAUCACUGAUAUUUGCACAGAACAGUGUACUCUUAGUGACCAGUUGCUGCCCAAGCAUUGUGCCAAAACCAUCAGUCAGGCAGUAAAUAAGAAGUCAAAAAAACAGACUGGCAAGAAAGGGGAACCUGAAAGAGAAAAACCAGGAGUUGAAAGCAUGAGGAAAAACAGAUUGGUAGUGACCAACCUGGAUAAAUUGCACACUGCGCUCUCCGAGUUAUGCUUCUCUGUAAACUAUGCACCGAACAUGGCAGUCUGGGAGCACACUUUUACUCCGCGAGAAUAUUUAACUUCUCAUCUGGAAAUCCGAUUUACUAAAUCAAUUGUUGGAAUGACUAUGUAUAAUCAGACUACACAGGAAAUCGCAAAACCAUCAGAGCUUCUCACGAGUGUAAGAGCAUACAUGACUGUUCUCCAGUCAAUAGAAAACUACGUGCAAAUUGAUAUCACAAGAGUGUUCAAUAAUGUUCUUCUUCAACAAACACAACAUUUAGACAGUCAUGGAGAGCCAACCAUUACAAGCCUGUACACAAAUUGGUAUUUGGAAACUUUGUUAAGGCAAGUCAGCAAUGGCCAUAUAGCUUAUUUCCCUGCAAUGAAAGCAUUUGUGAAUUUACCUACAGAAAAUGAGUUGACAUUCAAUGCAGAGGAAUAUUCUGACAUAUCAGAAAUGAGGUCCUUGUCGGAACUGCUAGGUCCAUAUGGCAUGAAGUUCUUAAGCGAAAGUCUUAUGUGGCACAUUUCAUCACAGGUUGCUGAGCUGAAGAAACUCGUGGUGGAAAAUGUUGAUGUUCUAACACAAAUGAGGACCAGCUUUGACAAACCAGACCAAAUGGCUGCACUCUUUAAAAGACUGUCGUCUGUUGACAGUGUUUUGAAGAGGAUGACAAUAAUUGGCGUAAUUUUAUCUUUCCGAUCAUUGGCACAAGAAGCACUUAGAGAUGUCUUAUCAUACCACAUUCCUUUUCUUGUAAGUUCAAUAGAGGAUUUCAAGGAUCACAUUCCAAGAGAAACUGAUAUGAAGGUUGCUAUGAAUGUGUACGAGUUAUCAUCAGCGGCUGGAUUGCCUUGUGAGAUUGACCCUGCUUUGGUGGUAGCACUCUCCUCACAGAAGUCAGAAAACAUAAGUCCAGAAGAAGAAUAUAAAAUUGCCUGCCUCCUGAUGGUCUUUGUGGCAGUUUCUUUGCCGACGCUGGCCAGUAACGUGAUGUCUCAGUAUAGCCCCGCAAUUGAAGGGCAUUGCAACAACAUCCACUGCUUGGCCAAAGCCAUCAACCAGAUCGCUGCAGCUUUGUUCACAAUCCACAAAGGAAGCAUUGAGGACCGUCUUAAGGAAUUUUUGGCGCUUGCAUCUUCCAGUCUGUUGAAAAUUGGUCAGGAGACAGACAAAACAACUACAAGAAACAGAGAAUCUGUUUACUUGCUACUAGAUAUGAUCGUACAGGAAUCCCCAUUCCUCACAAUGGAUCUUCUGGAAUCUUGUUUUCCUUAUGUCUUGCUGAGAAAUGCUUACCAUGCUGUCUACAAGCAAAGUGUCGCAUCUUCUGCAUAAAAUAUCUCCUUACUGAAGAUAAGCACGUGCUUUUGUCGCCUCAGUUUCACCUGUAAACCGUAGAGCUGUUUUGUGGGUUCCAAAUCUCUCUCGUGCGGUUGUGUUUGAUCAUUAGUUUCUCCAUAAGGGUGUGCUGCAGCGGACUCAGUUGAUUUAGGUCGCACAGUCACUGAACUCACUGACAUUAUUCCUAUAAUUUUAGUUUCAUACAUUAUUUCUCUUGUUUUUUGAUACUUGAUAAUGAAAAAAAAAAACCUUUGCUUGUUUAUUUCUGAUAAAGAACUGUAUUUAGUGAUUAUUUUAGAUAGUGAUUGAUAUGGCAUUCAUCUGCGUGUAAAUUAUUUCAUCUAGGGAUGAGUUCUGAUCUGUACUUAACAGUUCCUAAAACAAGAUUGGAUGUGCAUUUCUGUGCUGUUAUGAAUACAUUUCUGCUUUCUUUUGAAACAUUGCCAAACUCAAUGCUGUAAUACUGUAUAACAUUAAGAAUGUUCAAGGACUGCUCAGCAUUGGGAGCGGACAGCUCCAGAAUUCUAAGAUAGCAGCAGACGCUGUUGCUUGUAUAAAGCCUCGUGGAUAAUUUUUAGACUAACUUCAUGGUGCCCCGUUGGCAUUAGCACUACCAUUGUAACCUGCUGUAUAAUAACCUUAGGCAUUUAUCAAUUGUUGAUACAAAUGUUAGUCCUUAACCACUUUUUAUAUGUUUUAAAUUUUGAAAUUCAAGUGUACCUGCCAUAACAUAAAAUAAACACUAGACCAUA